CAGACAAACUCUUAUGACUCCCUGCCCAGUCGAUAGGGAUGGAUGGAGCAUAACGUAUAAAUACCGUAGUAGUAACAUUACAGCCGGCGCCCCCUUCCCCAUCCCCAUCCCGAGCCCUAUCUUCAUCCCUCCCAUCCCUCACCACUCGCCACCAACGCUCGCAACCAUCCUCAUCUUCUCUCAUUAUUACCCUGCCCACCCACCUCCAACCAACAGCCAGACACAAACACAAUGAAGUUCUCCCUCUCCCUCCUCACCAUCGCCCUAACGGCCACCACGGCCCUCGCCACCGCCGUCUCCUCCCCCAACAACGACAACGGCUCCCUCGGCCGACCGGGCACCCUGACCAGGAAAGCCCUCGGGCGUGUGGCGGCCGCCUCGUCCGCCACGACGCCCUCAAGCACCCCGGACGCCGAUGCCCCUUCGGAAUCGGAUGAUGGCGAGAGCACCUCCAAGUCUGCCGCGGAGCAGGCGGAGCAGGCGGCGAAGGAAUCGGACCCCAAUGAUUUCGUGAGAUUCCCUCUCCCUUUUUGA